AUGAUCGCAACCUGCCGAAAUCUUGCCACGGACCGGGUCUUCGAGGAGACAGAAAGGUCUCUUUUCUUACGCAAGGAAGAUCCAGACUCGAGAAUCGAGGCAUAUGUGGCCGUGGAUCCGACAAUUUCCAGUGACUGGCACGAGCUUUCGCCGGUGGUUGAUCUUUCGGAUGCUGACAGUGUCCAAUUCGAAGCUCUUCUCGAGAAGAAGCCCUUCAAACUGGCGACAGACGCGUCUGGCAGUGUAUCCAGUGCUAAAAAGCAAAUUUCAGCGGCUAAGUUGGCCAUUCAGUCAACAAAAGCUGAUAUGGAGUUCCUGCAAGCGCAACUUCAGAGCUAUCGAUCAGAAGCGCACGAGGAUAUGCCAACGGAUUUACAAAAAUGGAAGCGGCAGUUCGCUGAGAUCUUACGCAAUCUUAAUGUGAACCUCAUGCGCCUUGACGAAAUCUAUUCUCGCUUGCAAAGCCUCACAGGCAUGUUGUCCAGCUUUCUGGAACUGAACAGCAGCUAUGCGCUGCAAAGCUUGACCGAAGAAUCCAGGCGAGAAAGUGAGACCAUGCGUAAGCUGAACGAAAAAAUGUCCGACAUGGCCGAGAAGACCGCUGAGGAAGCAGUGACGGUGACAGUGUUGGCGAUCCUGACCAUGGUAUACCUGCCGUUCACCGUCGUGUCCAAUUUCUUUUCGACGUCCUUCGUUGGACUUGGUACCUUUAACCUUUCUGACCAUAUAUAUAUGGAGGACAUGGACGCAUAUUAA